AUGCCGCCUAAAGGAAGACAUGGGAGAGUCAUUACUGAAGAUGAGCUUGCUCAAGCGUCGAGAUUUGGAGAGUUUGUUCCUGUCUACAAGGUCGAUUCAACAACUAUUGUCAAAACUGGCGACUCUGUCCGAUCAGCUGAAGCGGCCGCCAUGAAAUUGGUCCGUUCGAAAACGAAUAUCCCGGUGCCUGAAGUCUGGAACACAUAUAUCGAUCCUAUCACAGGCCAUACGCGGAUUGUGAUGGAGUUCAUUCAGGGUGACUGCCUGAAGGAUGUUUGGGACAAGUAUACCCCUGAAGACAAAGAGCGCGUUAUCGAUCAAUUACGCGAAAUGUUCUCAGAGCUUCGCCAUCUAAAAGGCUCGUUCAUAGGAUCUAUAGAUGGAACAGCUUGCGAAGAUCCAAUAUUUGAGGAGGAUCUUGGUGCGUAUGGCCCUUACAACGACGAGGCUGCCUUCAACGAGGGCAUCGUCACAGCGCUCGAAAAUACCUUAUCGAGUGGUUGGGUAAGCACUGUCUGCGACAUGGUUUGCAGCUUGAAAGACCACGAGAUUGUGAUGACACACGGUGACUUUUCCCCAAGGAAUAUCCUGGUUCAAGGCACCAAAGUAGUCGCGGUAUUAGACUGGGAGAUGGCUGGCUAUUAUCCUGAGUAUUGGGAAUAUGUGAAAGCGUUGUACCGGCCAGCGUGGGAGGAUGACUGGAUCAAAAGUGGGACUGUAAACAAGGUUCUAAAGCCUUACCUCCCUGAGCUGGCUAUACUCCUGCAUGUCAAUAGUGUGGGAGCAUGGUGA